AUGGUUUUAGAAUGGAAAGCAAACCAAUUAUCACAGCAAAUAACACCUGAUCAACAAAGUGAAAAUGAAAAUACAGGUAAAUCUGAAAGCUUUGAAGAACAGGGAAGACAAUGGCAGAUAAGAGAGGUUAAUAUAGAAAUACCUGCAGCAAGUACAAAUAUUGAUGACUGCACGCCAAAUCCGUGCAAUACAACAACAAGCAUAAACUGUAUAGAUGGAGCAAAUGACUACACGUGUAAUUGUAAGCCUGGAUAUACCGGAAAAUACUGUGAUACAGAUGCUUUAAGUCACGGUUUUAAAUGGGCCACGUGUCAUGAUAAAGAAAACAGAUUCACGUGUGAUUGUCCUCCAAGAUUGUAUGGUGUUGUAUGUGACACAAAUAUUUGCCAUCCGACUCCGGCAGACGUCGUCUUUGUUUUAGAUUCAUCACUGAGCAUGUCAGAACAAGAGUUUACUAAACAGCUGGAAUUUGUUGCUAACUUUAGCAGUAAAGUUCCUAUUGGACCACGUGACUUCCAAAUUAGUGUAGUAACAUUUUCAACAGAUGCGAAUGUAGAGUUCUAUCUUAACCAGUAUAAAGACAACGUGUCACUCCAUGACGCAAUUAUGAACGUUAACUAUAAAUAUGGGAUAACACGGACUGACAAAGGACUAGAAAAGGUAAGGACAGAGGUUUUCAGUCCAAAACAUGGCAUUGAAAGACGAAUAAAUGGUACACAAGCUUCUAAGUUUGUUUACGUCUUGACUGACGGCAUGUCUACAUACAUAAUGAAAACCAAGGAAAAAGCAAAUGAUUUGAGGUCUAUUGUGGAUACAAUUGCCGCCAUAGGAAUAGGAACAGAAGUUUCGCACCAAGAACUCAUAGACAUUGCUUCUGACCCAUCGUUUGUUUAUUCCGUGAAGAACUUUAAUUCUUUGUACACCGUUCUCAAACGCCUGGUUCAUUUUGACUGUGAUGAAUGUGGUACAAGUGCGGCAUCGGACGUUGCAAUUUUCUUGGAUUCGUCGUAUUCUGUAACAGCCGAACAGUAUAGCUUAGGUAUCGAUGCUAUUAUACACAUGAUUGACGUCAUGAAACAUUUAAGCGUUAAUAAUACACGUGUAAGUGUGACGUCAUUUUCUGAUGAUAUAAGAAGCGUUAUUGGUAUGGGCGAGACUUUUAACAAAAACGUCAUUAAAAGAACGCUUAACAUGAUCGCACAAUCACAUGUAAAGACUCAAGUACAAUUAGAAACCGUUUAUGCUUAUGCUAGGGAUAGCGCUUUGAACAAAACAAUUUUUAGGCAGGGCGCAAAGAAAUUUUUCUUGAUUUUCACGAAUGGUAAAGCGGAUAUGCAGAUUAAUCUGAUAAGUUAA